AUGUCUACUAAUACUACUCCUGAUACCCAAGUUAUAGUAAGUCCAGCACCAUUGAAUGUUAACCCUCCGGAUAAAUUCAAUUUUUUGGCCCCAGCAAUUUGGCCUGCAUGGAGGAAGAGGCUGGAACGCUACAUGUCGGUAUCAGGGCAGCUUCAAAAGACAGAAGGACAAAAAAUAGAUAUCCUACUGUAUCUUAUGGGAGAAGAAUCCGAAGAUAUUUUGAUGCCAUUUCAAAAAAUUCCAGAUACUUAUGAGGAAGUUCUAAAUGCUUUUGACAAAUAUUUUAUCCCUAGACGUAAUAUUAUAUAUGAACGUUUCAAAUUCAAUUCUACAGUACAAAAACCAGGUGAAAGCAUUGACUUAUUUAUUACUAGCCUACAUACCUUAGCAGAAUAUUGUAAUUAUGGGCACCUGAAGGAGGAAUUGAUCCGAGACCGUAUCGUAGUAGGCAUGCUGGACACAAAAACAUCAGAAAAGUUGCAGCUAAAAGAAACUCUAACUUUACAGCAAUGUAUACUAGAAGCAAAGCAAGCAGAGUUGCAGGCGGUGCAGAAUAAAGACUUACUAGGUGUCCAGAGACAUAUCGGUAGAGUGCAACUAAAUCAAAGUGGUGCGAGCAUAUCUAAAGUGAGUGAUAGUCAGGGAUCCAGUGGUACUGUGAAAAAGUGCGGUUUUUGCGGGCUACAGUUCCAUUCCCGAGAGCAGUGUCCUGCCAACAAAUCGACAUGUAAGAGAUGCAUGAAGAAAGGCCAUUGGGCUUCCGUAUGUAAAACAAAUAAGGUCAAAUCUGUCAAAAUUGAUUUAUUAGAAUUAGAAAAUAAGUACAAUAUAGUAGAAUAUAAGUCUGAUGAUGAAUUAGAGGUAGAAACUAAUAGCUUUCUUUGUUCAGUACUCAAAAUUGAUCAUCAGAUAAAUCAUAUUGACUCUAAAGAGUGGAUAGCAUCCAUAUAUAUGUCAAAAUUAAAUAAAAAUGUAAAUUUUCUAGUAGAUAGUGGUGCAGAUAUUAGCUGUCUUCCAAAAAGAUUAUUGGACCCUAAUUUAUUAAAAGAUGUUAAGCCAACAAAAAGAAUUGUAACUGGCCCAUCUGGGGUUCGAUUGUCUGUCCUUGGCACUCUGGAUGUUAAUUUAAAAUUAAAUAACUUGAAUUUUGACACUCAGGUGUAUAUAAUUAAAAAUCUGGCAAAACCUAUUCUUGGAAGAACAGCUAUUGUCAAACUAAAUGUUCUUAAGCUUUUUCAUCAUCAGAUCGCACCAUUAACAUCAGAUAGUGCAUCAAUAAAAACUCAAAUUUUAUCUCAGUUUCCUAAAAAUUUUUGA